AUGUCGCUUCCUCGUGCCAUGGCAGUUGUGCAACGGGGCGACGCCUUGAUAUCAGAGUCCGUCGAGCUACCAGCAUUGCAAGAACACCAAGUUUACGUAAAAGUCGAGUACGCAGCCUUCAAUCCAACAGAUGGUCUGGCAUUUGAGCUGAACGCAUUCGGUGAUGGGGCAAUUCUUGGAUGCGAUUUUGCUGGAGUCGUGACACAUAUCCAUCCUAACGUGACAAAGCUGGCAAUUGGUGAUAGAGUAGCUGCUUUGGUUUGGGGAGGUGAGAUCAAAGGCAUAGGAGCAUACUCUUCUUACUGCAUAGCGGACGAGCGCAUCUCGUUUAAAAUCCCGGCAAAUGUAGACUACCCAGCGGCCUGCGCAGUGCCACUUGCGGCGAAUACGGCCUGGCUGGCGCUGUUUUCCAAGGAUUGUCUUGCAAUUAACCGCAACGUAUCAGCUACAAAGCCACAGCUUCUAGUUUGGGGCGGAGGAACUACGGUAGGGUAUUUCGCAAUUCAAAUUGCGAAGCUACACGGCAUAAUUACUGCAACCACAUGUAGCCCGCGAAACCUCCAGCGUGCAAAGGAUGCUGGAGCGACACAUGUCUUCGACUAUAAUGAUAAGGAUGUUGUUUCCAACAUUCAGGCAACUCUACCCAACAUAACCCACAUUUUCGAUACGGUUGGAAGUGCGACUUCCUCAAUUACUGCGGCUGAAGUCAUAGGCAGCAGCUCAGGAGCCUUGUGUACGGUCCGUCCCGGCAAAUCUAAUACUAUUGGAGUCAAACAAAACAUAAAGGUGACAGAUGUGUUUGUGUUCAAAGCAUUUCCAUGGGCACAUUCCUACCGCGGCUUGGUUCAAUGGCCACUCCACAAAGAGGACCACGAAUUAAGCAUGGAGUUAUACCGUCAACUUCCAAGCCUUGUUCGUAACGGGCUUCUCACGACACCUGUUGUCACUCUUCUUGGAGCGCUUAAUCCGGAUGUUGUUAUGCUUGCGAUGGAUAGGCACCGCAACAAUCAGAUCUCAGGGCAAAAGCUAUAUUUCAAGGUGUCCGUGGAGUAG